AUGAACACAAGUGUAUACUGGGCUCUUACAUUUCAGCCUGUGAUAGUAAACACCACUGAACACGUCAAUGAUUCCAUUCUCUUCAGCAGCAGGAGUGCCGGCGGAUUCUGUGAACAAGUCUUCAUCAAGGCUGAGGUCUUCUUGACACUGGGAAUUAUCAGCAUUCUUGAGAACAUCUUGGUCAUCCUUGCAGUGAUCAAGAACGGAAACCUCCAUUCACCCAUGUACUUUUUCCUUUGCAGCCUGGCAGCGGCAGACAUACUCGUGAGUAUGUCCAACACCCUAGAAACCAUCAUGAUCACCAUCCUGAGCAAUGGAUAUUUAAUCCUUGAUGACCAUUUCAUUCAGCACAUGGACAAUGCCUUCGACUCAAUGAUCUGUAUCUCUUUGGUUGCCUCCAUAUGCAACCUUCUGGUCAUAGCUAUUGACAGGUACAUUACCAUUUUCUACGCACUCCGUUACCACAGCAUCGUGACUGUGAAGAAAGCGCUGACUCUCAUUGGCAUUAUCUGGAUUGCUUGCAUUGUUUGUGGCAUCAUGUUUAUCGUAUAUUAUGAGAGCAAAACUGUCAUUGUCUGCCUCAUCACCAUGUUCUUUACCAUGCUUUUCCUCAUGGCCUCACUUUAUGUCCACAUGUUCUUACUUGCACGCUUGCAUGUCAAGCGCAUUGCCGCCCUCCCGGUGGAUGGCGUUCCCCACCAGCGUACUUGUAUGAAAGGGGCGGUCACAGUCACUAUUCUCCUUGGGGUCUUCAUCGCCUGCUGGACACCUUUUUUCCUUCAUCUCAUCCUGAUCAUUUCUUGUCCCACCAACGCACACUGUGUUUGCUACAUCUCUCAUUUUAACACCUACCUGGUUCUUAUUAUGUGCAACUCAGUCAUUGAUCCUCUUAUUUAUGCUUUCCGGAGCUUGGAAAUGAGAAAGACAUUCAAGGAAAUAGUUUGCUGCUGUUGUGGCAUAAGCUCAGGACAGUGCAUGCUCUGA